GCAUUUCCUGUUGGCUCGGCCCUGUCCAGUGUGAGGCCCGGGUGUACAAUAGUGCGGUAGGUGUUUAUCUGUGACACGGAAUGAGGAAGAAAAGGGAAAAUCACGAGCAAAGGUUACCUGACACUGGUGAGCGUGGCAGCAGGAAGAUGAGCUGACAACCCCAGGGAUGUAUGUGUGAGCCCUGCAGCCGCAGCCACCACCUGCCCGGACCGGGGCGCAGCUCCAGGCACCCCACCAUUUCACAAACCUCUGGACUGUGGUUCCAUGGCUCCCUCUACAGACCAAACAUUGCAUUACAUCUAUGGACAGGACGGAGCGGUGGCGGCUCUGGUGCUCAUCCUGGUGAAUGCAGUGAUUGCCUCAGCUCUGCUCCUGGGGGCCUGCGCCUUCUGUAAGAUAUUUAAAACAAAAAAAUUUAAUAUUAUGAACAGUCGAGAACAAAGGCCGAAAUCUGAGCUCACGAAAAUGACAAAACAAACAGAAGACAAGACACAAGAAACCAAUGGAACAAAGAAUGGCGCCAUUGUUACAGGCACUGGAGGAGAGUCAGAAGAAAAAGGGGAGGGGAGUACGAUGUCACCCAGGCCGAGAAAUGGUAUGGUCCAUGGCUCUGUAAACAAUGAACAUGAUACAACACCUCCCAAUCUACCGCACAGAGUCCUCCCGCCGCCUCCAGAGAACCUACAGGCCGCUCCACCUGCAUCAGAGGAGCAAGACCCUCUCUAUGAUACUGUGAAAGACAUAAAGGAGGUGGAAACGCGCCAGGCCAGUGCGCGGAGCAAUAAAGAAGACACGAGGAACAUCUCUAAGAACCCACCAGAAAACCAGGGAUCCCCGAAAGUAGAAAGGACAAACCCUUUAUACGUAUCUGCAGAUGAGGUGCCACAUCCUCCAUCAUACCAGGAGACUACAUCUCCUCUUCCAAGUCAUGAAGCCGAUGAGAAGAAAGACGAUGGGAAGACCCAGGUUGUUGAUGAACCUUUGUAUGCUGUCAUUCAUAAAGGACAUUCAGUGAAGAAGACACCACCAGCACAAGAUCCAGCAGGGGAGAAAAGCACACCCUUGCAAAACGUCAACUGCGAUCAUCAAAGAAUGGAGGUCAAUGUAUCCAUGGAGCAGAAGACACCAGAGCCUUCCAAAAUAGUAGAUUCAAUGUUAAGCAAAUGUAGGAAGAAGAGUAUAAAGACUGCACAGCUGAAAAUACAUGACACAGCGGUAAAUGUUGGCCAAGAGGAUCCACCGGCGAUUCCAGAGAGGCAUUUCGACAUCGAAAGUGAAUUCAAGGAAUUUACAAUUGAGGAUACAGAAGUAGCUGGAGAACCACCAGCUUCUACUUGAAAUCUCUACCUGGACUUAUAAAACUCAUUAUAAAGUUAUCCGAGGGACAUCUAGCUGUACUUACGUGCUGAUAGACUACAUCUGUGGUUCAGUAUGAGGGACCACAAAAGCUAAAGGGAUGUAAAUAUAAUGAAGCAUAAGGACAUAUCCAUAAAGUCAUAUAAUACUUAUGAUACUAGAGCUCAGUUGUAUUCAGUUUUGUUUGUAGUUUUUGAAAAUAUCGGACCCUACAAAAAAUACCCUGGAUCCCUAUCCCUGAAAUGUGCUUUAAUAUAAUGUGGCAUAACAAAAACAGCAUAAAAAAGUCAUACCUUUCUUGAAUAUGAACCCAGGUAUCAUGGCAGAUGUAUCACCACAUUGUCCUCAUAGCUGUUACAAAAUCCUAUUAACAGAGCCCAAAUUAAAAAAACAGCCUGGUUACGGUACCCA